UACACAAUCGAUGCCGCGAAGAAGAUGAAGUACGAGGAGCUCUUCCCUGUGGAGUCGAUGAAGUUUGGGUACGAUCCUGCCAACAAGUCCCGAAACGGCACCAGGACCGUAGAGGAGGCGCUGGACGAUCGGGUUAGGAGGAAGGCUGAUCGCUACUGCAAGUAAUACUUCUUUUGGUUUUACAUCAGGCAGGUGAUUUACUUCUUCCUUGCGCAGACCAUAAAGAGAAAUUGUGAACUUGUAUAAAGAUUGUAGUGUUAUUUAGUUUUGUCAAUCAGCUGUACAAAAAUAUCUUUUUUAUAUGCAUUGUUUUGAACGCUUAAAGUGCUGAAUGUUUAUUAGUACCACUGUUCCUCACUGC